CCACUCUCCGCUCCACGCGACAUACGGGACGUACACACACACACACACUCACACACACACACUCGCUCACAUGUUGCGGACGUGAAUGGCUGAGCGCACGGCUCCGACUCCAAGAGUUCAUCCCCUCGUCCGUCUGGAUCGUUAUCCGCCGGCGCCGCAUCACGGAGGCUCAGUCCGGUGCAUCAUGCUGUGACCAACACAAUAUAUGAGGGCUGAGAGGUCGUCAUGGAGACCGACAGCUACACCUUGGGCCCCGCCGCCGCCGCCGCCGACUGGGCCGGGACGGCGGCCGGCCCGGACGGGACGGGACUCCUCCGGGAGCAAGGGGGCGGCGGCUUCUCCUGGUACGCGCCGUACUCGCUGGGCUUCCAGGUGUCGCUCGCCUCCUUCCUCCUGCUGGAGCUGGUGUUGGGCUUCAGCAGCAACCUGACGGUGCUGGUGCUCUACUGCUCUCAAUCCAACCUGGUGGACUCGGUGAGCAACGUGGUGACGGUGAACCUGCACGUGCUGGACGUGGCGGUGUGCACGCUGUGCCUGCCGCUCACGCUGGCGGUCGUGCUGCUGCCGCCGGGACCCGACAUGGCGCUGCUGUGCUGCUUCCACGAGGCCGGCGUCACCUUCGCCAGCAUCGCCACGGCCGUCAACAUCCUGGUCAUCAGCCUGGACCGGUACGACAUCUCGGUGCGGCCCGCCAACCGGCUGCUGACCGCGCGUAGGGCCACGCUGCUCCUGGCCGCCGUGUGGAUCGCCUCGGUGGCCGUGUUUUUCAUCCCGUUCCUGGAGGUGCGGUGGUCCGUCGAAGAGGAGGGAGGCCAGGCGGCGUCCUCGGCGGCGUGGCGUAACCGGACGCUGCUGUGCGUCGGCGGGCGGGGCGCGCACACGGGUCUGGCCAUGUCCUACCAUCUCGUCCUGCAGGUGCCCAUCUUCUUCACCACGGUGGCGGUCAUGCUCUUCACCUACUCCAAGAUACUGAGGGCUUUGAACAUCCGCAUCGGCUCCCACGUAAAGAAGGGCCCGGAGGGGCCCCACAAGAAACUGACGAGAAAGAAGGCGGGGCUCCCGACGGACGGCGGCGGCGGGCAGCAGGCGGGGGCGGGGGAGCGGUGCACCGCCGACGGCACCAAACAGCUCUGCCGCCCUCCCCUCAUCCCCUCCCCCUCCCCCGCUCCCACGGCCACCUCCCCCCCGGCGCCGGCCUCCGGCGCCGCCGCGCCCGCCGCCACCCUGGGCGUCCAGGCCUCCGUGUCCGCCAUCAUCGCCCUGAGGAGGGCGGUGCGGCGCCACAGGGAUCGGCGGGAGCGCCAGCGGCGGGUGUUCCGGAUGUCGCUCAUCAUCAUCGCCACGUUCCUGGGCUGCUGGGCGCCGCUCUCCGUCACCAACAUGCUCAUCCUGGGCGUCGGCCCCAGCGACGCGCUGGUCAGCCUCCGCCUGUGGUUCCUGGCGCUGUCGUACGGCACCACCGUGUCCCACCCGCUGCUCUACGCCUUCACGCGGCAGAAGCUGCGCCGGGCCCUGCGCACCAAGGUGAAGAAGAGGGCGGUGUCCCUGCUGCAGGUGGACCCGUCGCCGGGGGGCACCGUCAUACACAACUCGUGGGUGGAGAACCGGAAAAGCAGCCGGAAGGUGCGGCUGGAAGCGAGCGAGGGGACUGACCGCUGCCUGGCGGAGGUCCUGUGAGACGCGCUGGUUAUUACACAGUAAUUAAAAAAUAGAGCCACAGGUGUGUUCCAUGAUGAAACACACGGGUGUGUGAAGCCAGCGUGGGACAUGUGGAAAACACGUUUCCACGUCUGGGAAAUGUUUUUAACGUAACCACCAAGCCCUCAUGCUAAAGACGACACACACACACACACACGCGCGCACAUGAUGUAUAUAAUUUACACUCCACUUCGUGAAGUCUGUUUACAUAUGGAGUUGUAUGAUAGAGCGUUCUCAUAGUGGUGCUUACCGAACUGCUCCAAAGAAUGUGUUCAGCCAGCAGAUGAUCUGGUCUGCCACCCACUCCAAAGCUCCGAGGCAGCUUUAAAAAUACAUUUUGUUACACGUUGAAACAAAUGAAUACCCAAAAACUCUUUCAACGUGUUUGAUAUCGUCUAUAGCUCCGUGAUAAUAAUAUGAGGACGAGGUUCUGCUUCGGGUAGUUAUGAAAACGGUCGAUGUCACAGUGUUUACAAGAAAUAUUGCAACGCUCUUUUGUACAAAUGACACUCUUUUGCUCUGGAAUGUGUAUCACAUGGGUGUCACGUCUUAUCGAUGUUUUGCAUAUAGUGCUCGGAGGAGUUAUAGGGAUAUGGAUUGAAGUCGUGGUUUUACUUUUUGGGGGGGAAAUGAAAUCGGCUCAUUGGAUUGGAUGAGAAGAUUGAUUCUAUCGAACUUCUCAUCUAGCGAGAAAGAAAGUCAAUCAGCCUCUUUUUUUCCUCCCAAAAAGUUCUUGAUAGUCCUUUUUAAAUAGUAAAAAAAUACACUACCGUUCAAAAGUUUGGGGUCAUCCAGACAAUUUUGUGUCUUCCAUGAAAACUCACUUUUAUUUAUCAAAUGAAUUGAAAAUGUAAUAGAAAAUAUAGUCAAGACAUUGACAAGGUUAGAAAUAAUGAUUAAUAUUUGAAGUAUUAAUUUUGUUCUUCAAACUUCAAGCUCAAAGGAAGGCCAGUUGUAUAGCUUAUAUCACCAGCAUAACUGUUUUCAGCUGUGCUAACAUAAUUGCACAAGGGUUUUCUAAUCAGACAUUAGUCUUCUAAGGCGAUUAGCAAACACAAUGUACCAUUAGAACACUGGAGUGAUCGUUGAUGGAAAUGGGCCUCUAUACACCUCUGGAGAUAUUUCAUUAGAAACCAGACGUUUCCACCUAGAAUAGUCAUUUACCACAUUAACAAUGUAUAGUGUGUAUUUAUGAUUAAUGUUAUCUUUCUUGAAAAAACGGAACGGUAGUGUACAUAUAUUUUAUUAUAUUAAAUGUUGACAGACUUAUGGGUAAAGUCUGCCGGUUGUGCUAAAGUAGCUAGUUGGGAUGAGGUGGGCGAUGUUACAUAAUGCGGUCUCAUCACCCCAAACAAAUAACCACAUAGUUCAAUCAACAGCCCUCUGAAAAACAUUGUCAACAAAAAAUACUGACAGCCUUAAGAAAAAGUAGUGUUCAUUGUUAUGCAUCAUAUUUGACGGUCAGCGGUUUUUUUUUUUUUUGCAUGCAAAAGCUCUUUGGAAAAUAACAUUCAUGUACUGUAAAUACUGAGCAGAUUAAAAUGUGUAUUUCAUGUGAAACCGACAACACACAACUCACAGUGUGUAGAUUAAGCCCCAUAGGACGUGUGUUUCCUGUUGACUGUGUUCUACCUGCUACACACACACACACACACACACACAAUGCAUUAUUGAAUGCAAAAACAUGAAAAUAGAUAUAUAAAAUAUAAAUAUUAUAUCGUAUGUACACCAAGAAUAUGCUAUCUUCAUAGGUUUCUCUUCAUGGCGGUGUUCUUAUGUGAAUGUAUCACCAUGCAAUGUUGAAUUAUAUCAAUAAAUAUGAAAUGCCGAGGUC